AAUUUCUCAUUUUCAUUUUCUUUUUUACAAUCUUGUCUUCUUCUAUCUCUACGCCUUUCCCUAUCUAUAUAUAAUGCCCUUUUGAUCCACUUGAAACUCGGUCCUUGUUUGCUCUUUCGGCAAAUACCCUCCCCUUCAUUACCAUGACCCUGCCACCUCCCAUUUCGCUGCUUCCCCUCCUCACCGUGGUUUCCCUUAUCUGCGCCGUCUACCCAGUUUCUGGGUGGCGCCCAUGGCCCCACCUCCGCCCCAACUCAUCUGAUCUCCUGUAUGCUGGGUCUAAGAAAUUCGAGGGCUCUUCUGAGUUCGUUCACUUGCGUUACCACAUGGGUCCUGUUCUCACCGCUAACAUCACCGUACAUACAAUAUGGUACGGAACUUGGCAGAAGCCUCAGAAGAAGAUUAUCCGCGAGUUCAUUAGCUCCAUCUCAGCCGCUCGUUCUACCCACCCUUCCGUCGCCGGAUGGUGGAAGACCGUACAGCUUUACACCGAUCAAACUGGCGCCAACAUCUCGCGCUCGGUUCGGUUAGGAGAGGAGAAAAACGACCGGUUUUAUUCCCACGGGAAAUCGCUAACGAGGUUAUCUAUACAGUCCGUGAUAAAAAGUGCGGUCACAGCUAGAUCAAAGCCGUUGCCAAUAAAUCCGAAAAGUGGGUUAUAUCUGUUACUAACGUCCGAUGACGUGUACGUCCAGGAUUUCUGCGGGCAGGUAUGUGGAUUCCACUAUUUCACAUUCCCGUCGAUCGUGGGGUACACACUCCCAUACGCGUGGGUGGGCAACAGCGCGAAGCUGUGCCCAGGAGUGUGUGCCUACCCGUUCGCCGUACCAGAUUACAUCCCUGGGCUAAAACCGAAGAAGUCACCAAACGGCGACGUAGGAGUGGAUGGGAUGAUAAGCGUAAUAGGCCACGAGAUUGCUGAGCUGGCAACGAACCCGUUAGUGAACGCGUGGUACGCCGGGCAGGACCCAACUUCGCCGGUGGAAAUAGCGGAUUUGUGCGAGGGCAUAUACGGAACAGGAGGAGGGGGGUCUUACACAGGGCAGCUUUUGGAGGCACAUGAUGGUGCCACGUAUAAUAUGAACGGAAUCAGACGGAGGUACUUGGUUCAGUGGUUAUGGAGUCAUGUGGUCAGUUACUGCACUGGCCCUAAUGCACUGGAUCAGUAAUGCUGAAUUUAUUUUUGUAUUUUGGGUUUCAAUAUUUCUUCUUUUAAUUUUUCUUUUUGUCUUUUUCUUUUGGGUUUUGUUGAAAUGCAUAUUUUAGUUAAGGUAGUUAUUAAGGUUGUUAAAAAUGUGUAAUAAUAUAUUUUCGUAUACUGUUUAUGUAUACAAAAUAUCUUAAACUUUUUCCCGCC